ACCAAUUCCCAACCCUAAUUUCCUCUCGAUCCCCAAAUUCGUUUUAGACGGAACAAAGAAGUUUUUCUCUCAAAUCACGAAAGUAUCGGUUAUGGAAGAUCAUCAAAUUAUUGGAAACGAUAUCAACAACAAGGAUCUCAACCCAAGGCAGCUACAGCUGUUCGUUAAACUUCUCAAUGGCGGGACUUUGUCGCUCCAAUUCCCGACCCCUCAAAUCCAAGUCGGCGAUGUCAAGCACCGAAUUCAUGAAAUUACCAAAAUCCCUAUCAACUUCCAGCGCCUGAUUCGCGGCCAUCAACUCAAUGACGAUUCGCAGAUUUCCCACUCCAACGCCACCCUCAAUCUCUCCCUCCGGCUUAUUGGUGGCAAAGGAGGUUUCGGAUCGCUGCUACGUGGCGCAGCCACGAAGGCUGGGCAAAAAAAGACGAGCAAUUUCGAGGCGUGCCGAGACAUGAGCGGGAGGAGGCUGAGGCAUGUGAACGCGGAGAAGAGGUUGGAGGAGUGGAAAGCGGAGGAGGAACAGAGGAGAUUGGAGAAGAUCGCGGAAGACUUUAUUAAGAAGAAAGCAAAAACUGGGAAAAAGGGUGUUGGAGAUGGAGAGGCCGAGAAGUAUGUAGCGAAGUAUAGGGAGCAAUCAGCUAGGUGUGUGGCGGUGGUUGAAGAGUCCGUUAGGGCAGCGUGCCAAAAUGGAAAGCGGAAGGCGGUGCCAGGAGGAGCUGACCCCAAAAAAUUGAAGAUUUGGAUGGGGAAAAGGAAAGUGGAUGAGAGUGAGAGUGAGAGUGAGAGUGAUAGUGAUGAUAGCAGUGAGGAUGAAGAAGAGAAUGAGAAAUCUGUAGUUUUGAACAAUGGGAAUCAUUCUGACUCUAGCAAAGGAACCGAGGAGAGUUCUGGUUUGGUUUCGGGGGGAAAUCAGGAUAUUGUCCAUAUGGAAUGUUCAGGUGGAGCCUCAAGUGAGACUGGCUCUGAGGAAGAGAAAGAGGUUGUUCUGCAGCAAAGCUCGGAAUCUUGUGGUGAUGAUGCUCCUGCCAUGGUUGAAGCAGAUGCCGGAAGUGAAGCAGCUCAAGCUGAUGAGAUGCUGGAACAUAUUGGAACUAAAACGGAAGAUCCGGCGGAAAUCUUUGGUCAACAUUCCAGUGUUCCAGUUGCAGAAAAUGGAGGAGUUGGAAGUGAACUUAAUAAUGAAGUCAAUUGCUCUUCUAAACCAGAAUCAGAAGUUCACAAAGAAACAUUUGUUUCAAAUGCUAACAUUACAGAACCAGAAAAGCCAUUGAACUUUAACGACUUCAAUUCUUCAGAGGAAAUGGAGGCUCUUGGAUUGGAGCGGCUGAAAUCGGAACUGCUGGCACGUGGAUUAAAAUGUGGUGGUACAUUGCAAGAGCGAGCUGCCCGUCUUUUCUUGUUAAAGUCUACCCCUUUCGAUAAGCUUCCAAAGAAGUUGCUUUCAAAGAAAUGAAAUAACCAUGUAAUAGGGUAUUGCUAAGGAGUGUUCUUUUUAUCAAACCAAGAAAUGUGUAUAUUUCUCGUCAUGUUUAAUAAUGUAUGACUUGGUUCUUGUAAGGUGAAACCCUGUUAGGUAAAAUUGAUUUCACUUUGCCUAAACUGAAUGUUUGGAUUUGUGGAAUCUUAAAUGUUCCAACAUUGAUGUGCA